CUUUUUAAAAGCAAACAAGUGAAUUCUAAAAUAACUAGUAUGUUGUCAAAUGAAACUAUUCCAAUUCUGUAUGGAUCUCAAACAGGUACUGCUGAGGAUAUUGCAGAACGAAUAGGUAGAGAAAUAUCAAAAAGACAUAUUCGUGCUCCUGUUUUAGCUCUGGAUGACUACCCCAUUGUAGGUUUCUUUUUUGAGCAAGUUGAUUGAAGAAAAAAUUGUGGUCUUUGUUGUAUCUACAACUGGUCAAGGUGACCCACCAGACAAUAUGAAGAAGUUCUGGAUGUUUUUGCUUCGAAAAAAUCUACCAGAAGAUUCUUUAAAGGGUUUAUACAUAGCUGUUUUAGGACUUGGUGAUUCAUCAUACUUAAAUAUUUGCUGAAAGAAAAGAUGAUCAGAUGGAUGUGCGGUAUGACUCUAACAAGACAAGAAAUGGAGCCAUAGUUUUAAACAGAGAUUAGAAAAAAUGUUGUAUCAAACAACAUUUUUCAGGGAAGUGGUUUGAGUAUCAGCAUGUAGAGAGGUUUCAGGAGAAAAUUGAUGAAAAUGUCACAAAAAGAUUUAAAAUAUGUUUUCUAAAGAUGUGUCAAUGUUACACUAUUUUACCUUGUAUUAGAUUUAACUUUAUUGGGAAAAAACUUUAUAGGUUGUUGCAACUUGGUGCAUUAUCCUUGACACCUCUUGGACUUGCUGAUGACCAACAUAAAUUAGGUUUAGAUGCUGUAAUUGAUCCAUGGGUAAAAUCAUUACUGACUAAAAUAUCUGAAUUACACCCAUUAAAUGUAGGCAAUGAUGUAUAUUUAAAUGAUAAAUUACCAUCACCAAAGUAUGUUGUUGAAGUGGUUGAUUCUGCUUGUGAAUUAUGUAAAUGCACACACAAAAAAGAUUUAUUAAGCAAUAAUUUUACAGAAAAUUCAGUGUCUAUUGAUCGUUGGAAUCCUUUAAAAACACACAUUCUUCGAAAUGAAAGGAAAACAGCAAUAGAUCAUUUUCAAGAUGUACGUUUGAUUUCAUUUAACUUAAAAGAUAAAAACUUAAGCUACACUCCAGGUGAUGUUCUAAUGGUCAGACCAUGUAAUCUCAAUGAAGUUGUUUGUCAUUUCUUUGAAGUUGUGCCUUGGAAAUCAGAUACAAUAGUCAAAGUUUCACCUGGAAAUUCAGGUGCUGUUCUCCCAUCAAACAUCCACUGCUGUACUUUAGAAAAUUUGUUUCUUAAUCACUUGAGUAUUCAAGCAACUCCAAAAAGAUAUUUUUUUCAAUUGCUAUCCCUCUUUACAACAUCUGAAUUGGAAAAAGAAAGACUUAAUGAGUUCUGCUCUCCUGAAGGACAGGAGGAUUUAUAUGAAUACUGCUAUCGUAUGAAACGGAAUUACAUUGAGGUGUUGCAAGACUUUCCUGUGGCAUGCUCAUUGCUCAAAAUAGAAUAUUUAUUCGACCUUUUUCCUAUCAUGCAACCAAGAGCUUUUUCAAUUGCUUCUUCUAUCAAAGCCAAACCUGGAACUGUUGAAAUUAUUAUGGCAGUUGUAAAAUAUAAAACAAAAAUGCUAAAUCCACGUAAAGGUGUGUGUUCCAAUUGGUUGGCAUCAUUAAUUCCUGAUCAUAAAGAUGUUGUUAAUAUAUGGGUAUGUCCUGGAACUAUUACUUUCCCGAAGCAUGAUUGUCCAAUCAUUAUGGUUGGUCCAGGUACAGGAGUUGCACCUUUCCGUUCAUUCAUAGAAGAGCAAACGUUAAAGGAUGGCUCAAGUGAUAUAAUACUUUUUUUCGGUUGUCGUAAUAAAGGCGGAGAUGAUUACUUCAAUGAUGAAUGGAGCCGCUUAAUGAUUCAAAACUCCCGACUGAAAGUAUUUACAGCUUAUUCACGUGAUCAAACAGAAAAGGUUUACGUUUAUCAUAAAAUGGCAGAACAAGGAGAACUCAUAUGGAGGUUAAUCUCGCAAGAGAAUGCGCAUUUUUUUAUUGCUGGAAACUCAAAAAAUAUGCCAAACGAUGUCAUUAAUACCUUGAAAUCCAUUUUUGAAGUUCACGGCAAAUUGUCGCAAACAGAAGCAGAAAGAUACUUUAAAAUAAUGGAAUCAAAAAGAAGGUUCCAAUGUGAAACUUGGUCUUGAUUUUUGUUUUUGUACCGAAAGAAGUUAAUGGUAAUAAUAAAGAAACGAAGAUUGUGUAAA